AUGGACGGCACAAUGAUCAGCGGACGUCAGUACUACGAGAUCCCGCCUGCGGGCCAAGCGAUCACGACUUCCUACAAAGGCAACCGGCGGUUCGAUCCCGACUACGGACUCAACUACGGGCACCACAGCUACGCUAUCGAACAGAAAGACUACCGGGCGGCCCGGGCAGUCUCUGGCAGUGGCCUUGGGCCAGCGGGUGCAAGGCAAUCGCUGUCAGCGCUGGACGAUAAACGUGCCAACGAAAUUCGACAUGGCGUCUACGCACACGUUUUCCUGGAUGUCAAAAAUAGCAGCAAAUCAGAAGCUCCGUAA